AUUAGUACAAAAGUGAAGGUUAGAAGGCAACUUUUUGACUGAGACGUUACUGUUUGGAUUGUGUUUUGCGAUUUGUAAUCCUGCAAUAUGGAUGACAUUGACCCAUAUUUCUCAAUGCAAGAGGAGAUUUAUAAGAAUUUGCAGUUAACUAAAACACUCUAUAAUGAUUGGAAGGGUAGUUCUGGUCCCGAGGAUACAAAAAUACUCACUCGAAUUCGACAAACGAUCAAGAAUAUAGACUGGGAUCUAAUGGACUUACAGGAGACUGUUAGCGCUGUUGAAAGUAAUCCUAUGAAAUUUCGUCUAUCAGAUAAAGAUAUAUCAGCAAGACGUCAAUUUCUCUCAGAGGCAAAAAGUGUUUUAAAAGCUGUAAAAAGUAAUUUAAGCACAUCAAAUAUUGACGGGGCAAUCAAGAAUUCAAACAUUGAUUUUACGGUUCAUAUGGCACCACCGCCGCCGCCGCUGACACAACAACAACAACAAAAAGAAGGCGUUCCAUCAUCAAUGCUGUCUAACGGAGAUGUGAAAAUGAAAGAGGCGACAACACAAAGAAUCCCUUCGAAUAUGCCAUCAAUCCACUCUCAUAAAACAUCAUCAAAUAUUUACUCAUCGUCAUCAUCAUCGGUAAAUCAUGAUCCACUUACCCAACAAAAACAAUUACUUUAUGAACAAGACAACCGGUUAGAUCAAUUAGGCACAACAAUAUCAAAUCUUAAAGGUAUGUCACAACGAAUUGGUGAUGAAUUAAGCGAUCAAGUUGUCCUACUGGAUGAUUUCUCUAGUGAAAUGAUUAGUACAGAGUCUAGACUGGACUCGGUCACCAAACGAACAGCUCGCCUGUUACACUUGAGUACAGAUCGUCGACAAUGGUGUGCAAUAUUCUCUUUGUUAAUUACUCUGAUUAUUAUAUUGAUUUUAUUGGCUGUUCUUUAAGAGUGUGUCGGUUUGUUUGUUUGUUUAUCGAUUUGUUUGUUUGUCGAUCAAUCAUGAUAGAUCCACUGUGCUGAUUUCUCUCUUCUCUGUAACACCUUACGUAACCUUAUUCUAUGUGUUGUGUAUAUGUACCAUUAAAUUUCUUUUCUCUCUUCUUCUCUUUGUGAUAUGGUCCUUUGUGAUUUUCACUUUUGAAGGUGUAGGCGCUGAGUGGGUGAGCAUAUUAUGUGCCAUGUUUUGACUUCCUAUGGGGAGGAGAAGAAGAUGAUGAUGUCCUGUCCAUUUUGUUUCUUUUAUGCGUGUCUCUCUCUCUGUGUGUGUGUGUGUGUUCAGAGUGCUUUUCUGUUCUCUAUCCAUUGUCUGAUUGGUUGGUUGGCUGGUCGUCCUGUAAAUUUGUUGCGCUUUUGUGUUUAUACUUCUCUUCUUUUUUUUGUCUUUUUCCUUCUUUUUCAAAGUUCCAUUCCAUUAUUUGUUGAUUGAUUAUUUGAAAACAAUCCCAGCUUAUCUGUGAUUUAUCUUCUUGUGUGUGUGUGUGUGUGUGUGAGUGUGGCGCCUAUUGUUUUCUUAACAUAUAAGAUGAUGAAUAGGAGAGAAAAAAGAAACGAUCAAAAUGGUUCGUUUUAAUGUGUUUUUUACUUCUUGAUUUUCGAACGCAUCAACUCGAGAAGGUGGAGGCAAUUCAAUUCACUUAUAAAUUGGAGAGUCAGGAU